ACAGGGAAGGGUCGCGCUUCCUUUUUUCUAGUAUUAUGAACGAUUAUGAAUGAAAGUCGGUUUGAUGUUUCCCCUGAACCUACAAACGUGUGAUUAUUAAUAAGGUUGUCAUUGCGAGCCGAGGGCAGCUCGUAUAAACUAGUUCACCAUGUCUGCCAGCGCUGUUUACGUCCUGGAUUUGAAAGGAAAGGUUCUGGUGUGCCGAAACUAUCGGGGAGAUGUGGAUAUGUCAGAGAUUGAGCACUUCAUGACCCUCCUGAUGGACAAAGAGGAGGAGGGAACUCUCUCUCCAAUCCUCGCUCAUGGCGGAGUCCGUUUCAUGUGGAUCAAACACAAUAAUCUCUACUUGGUUGCAACAUCCAAGAAAAAUGCCAGCGUCUCACUGGUUUUCUCCUUCUUGUACAAAAUUGUUCAGGUGUUUUCAGAGUAUUUCAAGGAGCUGGAGGAAGAGAGCAUCAGAGACAACUUUGUUAUCAUAUACGAGCUGAUGGACGAGCUGAUGGACUUUGGCUAUCCUCAGACCACUGACAGCAAGAUUCUGCAAGAGUACAUAACACAGGAGGGACACAAGUUGGACACGGGCGCCCCGCGACCCCCCGCCACAGUCACCAACGCCGUCUCCUGGAGGUCAGAAGGCAUCAAGUACAGGAAGAAUGAGGUUUUCCUGGACGUCAUUGAGUCAGUCAACCUCCUGGUCAGUGCCAAUGGCAACGUGUUGCGCAGUGAGAUUGUUGGCUCCAUUAAGAUGCGUGUUUUCCUGUCUGGAAUGCCCGAGUUGCGACUGGGGCUCAACGACAAAGUUCUGUUUGAAAACACUGGACGAGGGAAGAGUAAAUCUGUCGAGUUGGAGGAUGUCAAGUUUCACCAGUGCGUCCGUCUGUCUCGCUUUGAGAACGACCGCACCAUCUCCUUCAUUCCUCCUGAUGGAGAGUUUGAGCUCAUGUCCUACCGUCUCAACACUCACGUGAAGCCCUUGAUCUGGAUUGAGUCAGUUAUUGAGAAGCACUCCCACAGCCGCAUCGAGUACAUGAUUAAGGCAAAGAGCCAGUUCAAAAGGCGCUCCACAGCCAACAACGUGGAGAUUCACAUUCCUGUGCCAACGGACGCCGACUCACCCAAAUUCAAGACCACAGUGGGCAGCGUGAAGUGGGUGCCUGAGAACAGUGAGAUCGUCUGGUCAAUCAAGUCGUUCCCUGGAGGAAAGGAGUAUUUGAUGCGAGCUCACUUUGGUCUGCCAAGUGUGGAAGCUGAAGACAAAGAGGGAAAGCCACCAAUCAGUGUCAAGUUUGAGAUCCCGUACUUCACCACCUCAGGGAUCCAGGUUCGUUACCUAAAGAUCAUAGAGAAGAGUGGAUACCAGGCCCUGCCAUGGGUGCGCUACAUCACCCAAAAUGGAGACUACCAGCUCCGGACCCAGUAGGAGGCAGCGCCCCGGCCAGAAUCGGGCAGGUGGAAAUCAAGACGGGGUGGAGCUGAAGCCGCUAAUGUGCCCUCGAUGGCAGGUGGCAGUCAUGACACCAGAGGACUGUCAGUAUCUCCUUUUCUUGUUUUAUUUCUGUAUUGGUUAAAGCUCUAUUCAUGUAUGAUCAAUGCAAAUAUCAGAUGGAGCCGUCAGCUUGGUAAAGUUCAAAAAACAAGGAAGGCAGGAGUGACGUUUCCACCCACUCACUCACGGAUGCCAGAGCUGUACACAAUCUACCACAGAAGGUCAGAAGGUCUGAAAGAAUGUUACAAAACUCAUCUAAGGUUACUGUAAUCACCUGCACACAGGUCAGCGACACUCAGUCCCACUAUGAUACUUUUUGUAUUAAGCUGCUUUUUUUUUCUGCCACAAUUCUUAUUUGAUGAUUAUUUGUAUAUAUUUGUUACAUGUUAAUGAACUCAUACACAGUGUUAUUGGUUACAAAAAAAACAACACAAACUGUAAAUCAAAGGAGAGGUUUUUCUUUUUAUGUCAUUAUCUCCAUGGGAUGCCAUUGUACAUGCCAGAGCGAGGCCUUCCUGCUCAGCUAUUGUGCUUUUUUUUUUCUUUUCUUUUUUCCAACUCUUGAUGUUCAGCUUUGCAAUUGAGUAAAAAAAAAAAAAAAAAAAAACUCUGCGCGGGAAGCACCCAGACACCUGCUUUCCUUUCCUCCAUCUGUAAGCAUAAUAUUUUCAAUCAUUAAAUGUCUAUUUAGGGAAAAGGUUC